AAGAACUCGGAGUGUAAUUACGUAUUGGAAAACUUCUCGAGAUUAGUACUUGUGGGAGACAGUUUUUCGCCUAUUGUGCACUGAGAGAAGAAACAAUGAGUUGGCAACGAGGAAAGUUACCGAUUUUCAUAUUUGUAUGCCAAAUUGCAUUUAUUUUAAUAUUUGCAUUCAUGGCCAAAUAUGGUCCGACAUCCAAACCCAAGGACACCGAUACCAGCUCUUCACCGGUGAAGAAAUACUAUAGCAGCUUCCAGGAUGUGAACGGCAUGAUCUUCAUGGGCUUCGGCUUCCUCAUGACGUUUCUGAAGCGGUACGGCUAUAGCGCCGUGGGCCUGAACUUCCUCCUUGCAGCUUUCGCCAUUCAGUGGACCACCAUCAUCCGGGGCCUGUUGCACAUUGACGUCACGGCCGGAGAGAAGUUCAAGGUCUACGUUCCAGAGAUGAUGUCCGCUGACUUCUCUGCCGCUGGGGUGCUGAUAUCGUUCGGUGCCGUGCUGGGAAAGCUCUCCCCCCUCCAGCUCAUGGUCAUGACCCUCAUCGAGGUUGUUCUCAUCCAGAUUAACGAGUGGAUCUGUGUCGAGAAGUUCCACGCUUCCGAUGUAGGCGAGUCCAUGUUUAUCCAUGCUUUCGGCGCCUACUUCGGCCUAGCGGCAUCAAGGGUUUUGUAUAGCGAGGACGCCACAACGUCUAAGAAGGCGGGGCCUGUCUACCAUUCCGACCUUUUCUCCAUGAUUGGAACUAUUUUCUUGUGGAUGUACUGGCCCAGCUUCAAUGGCGGCGCCGCGGAGGGAGACGAACAACACCGGGCUAUCUUAAAUACUUACUUCUCAUUGGCUGCCUGCUGCUGUAUAACGUUUGCUAUGUCUGCUGUUGUUCAGAAGCAUGGGAAGUUUGAAAUGGAACAUAUACAGAACGCUACUCUGGCAGGGGGCGUUGCAGUUGGCACCUGCGCAAACAUGAACAUUGAGCCAUGGGGCGCACUUGUCAUUGGGUCAGUGGCCGCGAUCCUGUCUGUGAUUGGCUAUAAAUACAUCUCGCCUUUUGUCAGCACUAAACUAAAGAUCCACGACACGUGUGGAGUCAACAAUUUGCACGGCAUGCCGGGAAUUAUGGCGGGAAUCGGUGGCGCAGUGACAGCCGCGCUAGCCACAGAAAAUGUCUAUGGUGAAAGCCUAUAUGAGAUAUUUCCCGCCCGUGCCCCCAUCCCUGACGUGGGUAACUCCAGCACCCCCUAUCCUGUACCCGAGCUGCAUGGGCUGGGGCGAACGGCCGGGCAGCAAGCAGCGUUCCAGAUCUAUGCCCUGCUGUUGUCGCUUGGGAUGGCCAUCGUGGGAGGGAUAUUUACAGGGGCCAUCCUGAAGAUGAAGGUUUGGGACAAUCCGGAGCCAGGUGAGCUGUUUGACGAUUAUCGCUACUGGGAACUGCCUGAGGGGGGCAUACCGGAAGUCGAGGAUGAUGAAUUCACCGCUAAAUACAACGUCAGUGAAGGCGAUACCAAGAUGUGAAAGCAUAAUGUCAAAGAACCCGGAUGAGAAGACUCAGAGCCGAAAAAACCCGGAUGUGGGCAAUUUACGUCAUGAAAGUGACAUAACGUAUUAAUUUGUCUUAUGUGCCGAGAUUUUCGAUAUAUCUUUAGCCCUUGCAAAAUAUGAGUAACUUAGCUUCUAGAACCGAAAUCUUCAGGUACACGAGACACACACGUCAUUACCAACAAUGUGAUCGUUGCUCAUGAUGUCGACCACUGGGUUGAAUGUUCCGGACUCGUAUGUCCAUAUACCGUGGUCAUACAGUUGGAAUAUUACUGCUUUAAAUCAAACAAUCUGAUAAAAAACAACAACUGACGAUAAACAUAAAUUGCAUUUAUCUCAUAAACUACACGAAUUGACCUUCAUAUAAAAUUUGGUUGAAUUUGGUUUUCAUUCCGGGCAGCUCUUUCGGGUCAUAAACUUGGAAUAUUACUGUUUUAAGCAAUAAACCAUCUGAUAAACUA